CCUACUUAUUCUGUACUGGCGCACCACAACAAAGAUGGCGUUGGUCCCGCACGAUCUUAGUAGCGUUUUGGAUGAACGCAUGGAAACCGAGUCGGAGCCAACUAGCACGGGGGAAAGAGGGGAGAGUGAGUCUGGAAGGGCGGUGUCUUCGAACGGUAGCGGUGGUGAGGAGGAUGAGGGCCUAAUGUCACUGCACCGGGCUCUAGAGGGCGGCGAGCGGGGGACUGUGGCCUCGGGCUUGACUGUGCAGCAAACCGGCUUGACUGGGGGUUGCGGCGGUGGCCGGGAGCAGGAGGUGUCGGUGGAGAUCGGCGAGACUUACUUAUGCAGGCGGGCCGACAACACAUGGCACUCUGCAGAGGUGAUCCAGUCCAGACUGAAUGAGCAAGAGGGCCGGGAAGAGUUUUACGUGCAUUAUGUGGGCUUUAACAGACGCCUGGAUGAGUGGGUGGACAAGAACAGGCUGGCCCUCACAAAGACGGUGAAGGAGGCCGUGCAGAAGAACACGGAUCAGUAUAUGAGCGAGCUGACUGAGCAGCCAGAGAGGAAGAUCACAAGGAACCAGAAGCGCAAGCAUGACGAGAUUAACCACGUGCAGAAGACUUACGCAGAAAUGGACCCAACGACCGCUGCCUUAGAGAAGGAGCAUGAGGCGAUCACCAAGGUGAAAUAUGUUGACAAAAUCCAAAUUGGCCAUUACGAGAUCGAUGCGUGGUACUUCUCACCAUUUCCAGAGGACUAUGGCAAGCAGCCUAAACUCUGGAUUUGCGAGUACUGCCUGAAAUACAUGAAGUUUGAAAAAACCUUCCGGUAUCAUUUGACGCAGUGCCAAUGGCGACAGCCCCCCGGCAAGGAGAUUUACAGAAAGAGCAAUAUCUCUGUCUAUGAAGUGGAUGGAAGGGAUCACAAGAUAUAUUGUCAAAACCUGUGUCUUCUUGCAAAGCUAUUCCUGGAUCACAAGACCUUGUACUUUGAUGUCGAACCCUUUGUCUUCUACAUCCUCACAGAGGUGGAUCGUCAUGGUGCUCAUAUUGUGGGCUACUUUUCCAAGGAGAAAGAGUCUCCAGAUGGCAACAAUGUGGCAUGCAUUCUCACUUUGCCUCCCUAUCAGAGGCGAGGAUAUGGCAAAUUUCUCAUCGCCUUCAGUUAUGAGCUUUCUAAACUGGAAAGCACUGUGGGCUCUCCAGAGAAGCCUUUGUCUGAUCUAGGCAAGUUAAGUUAUAGAAGUUACUGGUCGUGGGUCCUGUUAGAGAUACUGAGAGAUUUCCGGGGGACACUGUCCAUUAAAGAUCUGAGCCAGAUGACCAGCAUUACCCAGAAUGACAUCAUCAGCACUUUGCAGUCCCUUAACAUGGUGAAAUAUUGGAAAGGUCAGCAUGUUAUCUGUGUCACCCCAAAACUGGUAGAGGAGCACCUCAAAAGUGCCCAGUAUAAGAAACCACCAAUUACAGUGGAUGGAAUGUGUUUGAAAUGGGCCCCUCCGAAACACAAGCAAGCGAAAUUCUCCAAGAAGUAAGGUCCUACCAGUCAACGGAAACGCAAUCAAAUAACACAUCCUGUAUGAGGUGGAGGGACAUCCCAUCACAGGACUGCGGCGGCGACAAUGGCAGCGGGCGGCUCAGACGUACAGUAUAGUGAGGCACUUCUUGCAAGCGCCACGGUAGCCUCGUGCCCCGAAGUCGAUGCUGUUGGAAUGCUAGGCAUCUGUAGGCUCAUUUGCCGCUUUUUACUUUUUAUGACGUUUAUUUAGUAUUUUCCUCUGUGAGUGAGGCCCUCCUGAGUGUUGGGUUACCGUACUGACAAUGUUUUCCACCAGUAAGUCAAAUCAAACAUGCAUUACAAAUAAUUCAUUAAAUAAACAAAGGUAUGUAAGGUGGUAGUGACUGACAACAAUCGCACACAACAGUAUGUGAUACCCGCGUGUGGCAACGUUUACUGUUAGAUGAUCCAUCCCUCAUUGUGAUAUGUGUGAUGUCAUGGUUGUCACCUUUUCUCCUUAACCAUUGACACGUUAGCCUUGAGGCCUGAGGUGACGUAAGGCACUUUGGUAACUGUUUUCCGACACUGACCUCGUGAGUCUGGCCUGCAGUCUGUAAGCGUGUAAUCUAAUCCUGCAGAAGGUGAGCCCCUCAUUGUCCCACUUCGAAAACUGUGUGGUAUUCAGAUUGAGGAUAAGAAGUGGGUUGGGCCAAAAGCCAGUUCUGUGCACUGUAGCCGUUUCAUAUACUACACCAUCUUCCUGGGGUCACUUGUGUGUCCAGCCUGAAUCACUUUGCUGGUCUUGUACCUUGUUUAAUUUAGUCGAAGGGAGCCACCUUUUAUUAAGUGAGCUCAUCCUAGUGUUCAGAACUGGCAAAAGAAUGGCAAUUGGGGGAGUGUUUGUCCUACAGAUAGAGGGCUCCUUGGGAACUACUGUUUUGGUUUUUUUUUUUUUCCUGGCAGUGAGCUUAAUAUUUGCAUUUUCUCUACUUUAGUGGAAACAGAUUGUCAUAGUGAACACUGUGGGGGUCACCCCUUUCUGUAUCCUCGAGAAAAGAAGAAAAAUAAUGCAACAAUAAAUAGAUUUAAUCAAA